UGGCUAGGAAGACGAGAUGUCGUGCUGGGUUUCUGGCUGUUGGUGCCGAUUGUGCUCGGCUGGUCUCGCGAUGUCCUUUCAGGAGCAGCAAACCGUAACCCAGAAUUGCGUGCACGGGUCAGACACCUGCGGCAGCCCUGAAGUCUGUAGCACAGCUCCUAGACUAGCAACAGCCAGGAGCUGAAACAUUGGCGCAAGGGGCAUUGCAGAGAGGAUCCGCCACCCCGUCUGUUGGGGGUAUUGUUUUCUGCUAUUGCUGAGGUCCUUUCAGUGGCUGUUCCACCUGGCUUUUGGUUGCAUUUUCCUGGAUUAUUGUUUGACUGAGGACUCGGCUCUUUCACCUCCUCCUCCCCGUAGCUCUUUGCGUGCAGAUGCAUGAGAGAAAGUUGAUUUGUAAAAAGUGUUUUAAUGAAGAGAGAGGCUCCCGGAGAGCGGUUGAACAAUGGUUAUGAAACUAUCUUUAGUUUCUGUGGUUCUGACAUGGCAUGUCCUGAAUAAGGCCAGCAAUGAUGCUCUCAGCACCUUUCAGGAUGGGGUCCCCAGUGAGAAAUGACAACUUGCAAGAGGUAAUUCAUAGUGUGAGGAAAGGGAGAAAAUCAAGUUUUAACAGAGGUGACAACAAACAAGAAGAACAAAGAGGAUAUUUAGCAUGUACUUGGGGAUUCUGUACCAAUGUGGAGACCAUAUGAACCUCUGAUUGGACCCCACCAUUUCCUGUUGUAUGAAGGAGGGUGCUUUGUCCUUGGGGAACAACUUCUGUAGGCUGACAUGGCAAUGAUGAGAUCCGACUUGGGCACCAUGAAGAUCCUUCACUUGAAGAAGAGAGGCUGUUUUCUGCUGAAGCUUUUGUGUCUGGUUGUCUUGAUGUUAAUCUUUUGUGAAUUCUUAGUUUAUUAUGUGGUGAUAUUUCAGUGUCAUUGGCCAGAAGUUAAAAUAGAAGCUCACAGGAGUAGCAGACAGUCUUCAGCUUCUGUCUUGAAGGCCAUGUUUUUAUCUGAUACCCACCUGCUUGGUGAAAUCAAAGGGCAUUGGCUAGACAAAUUAAGAAGGGAAUGGCAAAUGGAGAGAGCCUUCCAAACUGCCUUGUCAUUACUGGAGCCAGAUAUUGUUUUCAUCCUAGGAGACGUCUUUGAUGAAGGAAAGUGGAGCUCCUCCCAGGCCUGGGCAGAUGAUGUCAGGCGGUUUCAGAAAAUGUUCCGACAUCCAGUUCGCACUGAGCUAAUGGUGGUUGUUGGCAACCAUGACAUUGGCUUUCACUAUGAAAUGACCACUUACAAGUUAAAACGGUUUGCAAAAGUUUUCAACUUCACCUCAGGAAAGCUAAUAGCCCGGAAGGGGGUAAACUUUGUCAUGGUGAACAGUGUUGCCCUGGAAGGUGAUGGGUGCACUGUCUGCAGCAGGGCAGAGGCAAAGCUCAUGAAGCUUUCUCAUAAACUGAAUUGCUCCCACCAGCAGGAACAGAUUCAUUCCAACAAAAGAUGCAGUGGUGUGGAACAGCUUCCAGCUUCAGAACCAAUCCUUUUACAGCAUUACCCUCUUUACAGAAGAAGUGAUGCUGAAUGUACUGGAGAAGAUUCUGCUCUUCCAGAGGAAAAGAACAUCCCAUUUAAAGAAAAGUAUGAUGUACUUUCUAGAGAGGCUUCACAAAAGCUCUUAUGGUGGUUUCAUCCCCGUUUGAUUCUGAGUGGCCAUACCCACAGUGCAUGUGAAGUGUUGCAUAAUGGGAAGAUUCCAGAAAUCAGUGUCCCAUCAUUUAGCUGGAGGAACAGAAACAACCCUAGUUUCAUCAUGGGCAGCAUAACACCAACCGACUUCUCCCUCUACAAGUGUUUCCUUCCACUUGAGAGCAGAGUUGUUACUAUAUACUGUAUAGCAGGGGCUAUACUUGGGGUACUGAUACUAGCUCAUCUUCAACUUUUCAAUCCACCUUUUUAUUUUGCUCAGCACUUAAUCAGGAAGCAUAAAGCAGUAUGAAGAGCCAGACAUCUGCAUUCAGUUACUGAAAUACCAAAGCUGAGAACAGUCAAACAUCAGACUAUAUUCAUGCCAGCAAAUGACCUAAUUGGAUUGUUAAUCCGAAGGCAGGUCGCAUUUACACAUACCAUAGAAAUCCUACACAGUUGAUAUGACUACUACAGGAUAAAUAAUUAACUGAAAUGAACUGUUUUCAUGCUGUACAAAAAUACAGUAUUCUACAAUCAAAUGAGUCCAUUUCCUUGCUAUAAUUUUUGUAUCAAAUAUGUAUACUAAAAGUUUGUAACUGUACAUUAUGUAAAUCCUACAGCCUCUGCACUAGUAUGUCCUACCCGGGAGGAGGCAUAGUCUUUCGAGCUGGAACCAUCACUGUAUGUUUUAUUGCUACAUGCCCUUCUAAUGUGAUACUUUUGUUUCUUAAUGUCAGCAGGAGAUAGAUACAUCAGUGGAUUUCCUUAGCAUUCCUAACCUGUCACACACACAAAACUGUUGUUUGGGAGAAAUCCGUGCUGCGUUAGUAGUUCUGGACUGUAAUCCCCUGUCUGCUAGACCAUCUUUCCACCCCUCCAGGGUCUACUUGCCAAAACACUUCAGCCCUUCCAAAAAUUUGGGGUGGAACCUCUCAAGCUGUUCUUUUUAAUAAAAUGUGCUAUGAUAAUCUUAAACUACAGGGCCCUAUUGCACCCUAUAGGUCAAUGUGGAGAGGUUUUCCCCAACAAGGGAGGUCAGAUACUGCUGCAGUAACAUUUUCCCAUCUGCUUCAUGGUGGAGGACCAGGUGCACGUUAUGCCCCUGUAGGAUUCCAAAAGAAUGUUAACAAGACUUGGUUCUAUUAAUGCAGAGCCAGCUUUGAGCUGUAACAUCAACUUUCAUGGAGUUUUGGGGAUUGCUUCGUAGGGGAAAGCUGUAGCAGCAGCGCUCCAUUGGAGCCACAGCAAUCCUCAGAGCUGGCGGAGGUGAGAGGUUGUCUGCCUCUGGGUGGCUAGAUUGCAAACAUCUAGAAGCCAGAAUCCCUGGUGCUUUAUGUGGACAGGAUAGACAAAUGCAAUUAAAAGAAAACCCAUAAGGAAAGUCCACAGCAGGAACCAGUUUUCCUUUUGGUGCUCCUGCAGAACCGGUGGUUUUUAGCCUACAGGGGUGGUUUGUUUUGCCUACUUUUUCUUUUAUUACUCAUUCCCCCUUAAAAAGGUAAAGUUUUCAUGUUUCUAAAAUAAUUUUGGAAGGGGAAGUGUGAGAAUCUAUGGCUAACCGGCAGUGGUAGAUGUAGGGAAUUAUACCUAUUACUAGCUAACCCCUGCCUUUCAUUUUCUAGGAAAUACAUAACUGAAUUGCAAAUAUAGAAAUAUCAAGACUAUACAUCCUACUAGCAAUUUCACUUGGAAGGAUAAUCUUACAAAGAUACUGUACUGUCUCUAAAAUUAUCCUAUUUUAAAAUAAAAUUACUAAAUUUCUCUAAUUUUAAGUAAAAGAGGACUGGGUUUAUAAAUAACACAAAUCAUGGCUGUAUUAUAAAAAUCUGAUUCAGAUUGUGUUCUUGAAAACAAUUCAGAUCUUAAUUUGUCCCUAAAAUUUAAAACAAAAGGAUGGAGCUAGUCCAAGGAGUGAUUAAACAAUCUAUGAAGUAAUGUAGGCUAACACUUCUCUAGGUUUCUGUUAUUGCAACUGUAAUUUUAGACAUUUGUACAGGUUAUCUUGGACACAGUAAAAGUAUAUACUCACAGAGACGUAAAACACCUAUGUAUAAAAUAUAAAGCAGUGUUAUAGUUACUAAAAAGGACAUGCCUUAUUGCUACAGCAAUUCUUGCUUUUUAUAUAUUGUACUGUACCACAACUUGUUUUGAGAAUGUCAUUUGCAUAAAUUAUUCAAGUUUGAGAAAUAUUCACACAGUUUGAUUCUACAAUAUUUAAAAUAAAACAAUUUUCUAAUGUC